AUGGCUAUGUGGUAUGCGCUUGGUAUUGCGUUCUUCGCUGCCAUCGGCACUUUCUUAUUUGGCUUUGAUACUGGCAUUGCCACGACAACGAUCGCACACCAAAGCUGGAUUGAUUACAUGCAAGCGCCCUCCAAGGGCCUAACAGGAGCAGUGGUCGCAGUCUACAUCGCCGGCGAAGCCUGCGGAGCCCUAACACAGACCUUCAUCGGCGACAAACUCGGCCGAAUCCGCUUCAUGCAGCUCAUGUGCAUCAUAGUCACAAUAGGCACAGUAAUCCAGACAGCCUCCGUCAACAUCGGCAUGUUCCUCGCCGGCCGCGUUUUAGCAGGCUAUGCCGUCGGCGGCCUGGUGGCCACAGUGCCAAUUUACCUGAGCGAGAUCUCGGACCCGCGGUACCGCGGCCUGAUCGGUGGUAUCUCGGGCUGUGGCAUUUCCUUCGGAACCAUGAUGUCCAAUUGGGUGGGCUAUGCUUGCAGCUAUGCGCCGUACGGGCCUGUGCAGUGGCGGCUUCCGCUGGGGAUCCAGAUUCCUUGGGGCAUUAUUAUGUUUAUUGGGCUUUCUACGUUCAUGCCUAAUUCACCGAGGCAGUUGAUUCGUGUUGGGAAGAUCGAUCUGGCUAGGUCUGAGUUUGCGAGGAUUCGUCGGGGGUUGGUUCUUGUCGAGAUGGAGGAGGAGUUUGGGUUGAUGAAGGCUCAGAUUGAGUAUGAGAUGGAGAGGGAGAUUACUUCUUAUCGGGAGAUCUUUAAGUUGUUUAGGCGUCGGGUUCUUGUGUCUAUUGCUGUGCAGACUAUGACUAGCUUGACGGGUGUCAAUGUUAUUCAGUAUUAUCAGACUAUCCUAUACAAAGGUCUAGGAAUCGGAUCCCACACUAUCCUCGCUCUAGCUGCAGUGUACGGCACUGUCGCGUUCAUUUCCAACUCGCUCACCACUAAAUAUAUGACUGACCAGUGGGGUCGCCGAAAAAUGCUUAUCACCGGCUUGGCCGGUAUUGUCUUAAUUGAAAUCUACGCCGCUGUGAUGCAGCGACAAUUCCAGCAUACGGAUAAUCGCAUUGGACAAGGAUUCGCCAUUCUCGGAAUCUAUCUCUUUGUGGUUUGCUACUACGGUAUGCUUAACAGUACUACUUGGCUAUACGGCGCCGAGGUCCUCCCUAUUGCUCUACGUAGUAAGGUCAUGGGUCUCGCAGCCGCAUCUCAUUUCAUUGUCAAUGUUGCAGUCACCGAGGCCGGACCCAGUGCAUUUGCUAACAUUGGCGAGAAUUACUACUAUGUCUUUGUGGCAUGCUCCUCAUUCUUCCUGGUCAUCGCCUACUUCUUCUUCCCAGAAACAAAGCAAAAGACCCUGGAAGAAGUGGCAGCCGCAUUUGGCGACCGUGUCGUCGAUCAAGAUGACAGCCCCAAACGUGCAGCUAGCGUAGUCGGCAAAGCACAACACGUGGAAUCAACACAGGUGGUCUAG